AAGAAGAUUCGCUAGCCACUAUGUCUAUAAGAAUCCGAACCGCUCUCAAAAAGGAUUUCCUAGCUAUGCACAAAAUGGAUUUAGCAGCUAACGCUACUCAUCCAUUUUACAUCAUCCCAUGGAAAACUGCAGGUGUUGGGGCUUGUGAAGCUUUCAUCUUGGACCGUUACGAAUAUCUCUACCACAGUCGCAAUCCCGAAUACACCUUCCUUGUUGCGACGGCUGGAGAUGAAAUUGUUGGCUAUCUGAUAUAUCGAAAACCCCUUGGGGAAGGAGAGCCGGGGGAAUGGAAUCCUACUUUUCCUAAUGGAACGAAUUUGAAUUUUUUUGACAAAGUCUUUGGGGAGGUAAAGGCAGCUAAGAAACAAUACAAUCUGAAAGGUUAUUGGGAACUGGAGGGUUUUGCGGUUCAUCCAAACUGGCAGCGCAAAGGCGUUGGAUCAACGUUGGUCAAUAAAUUUCUCGAGAGUGUCGAUGCCGAUCACGCAAAGUGUUGCGUGCGUGCGUCAAGGAUUGGGAAAUCCUUGUAUGAGAAAUUCGGGUUCAAGAUGAUGGGAGUGGUGUCGAUUGAUCUGAAGGAGUUCGGAGAUUAUGAACCGUAUACGACUUGGGAUAUGCAAAGGGAAGCCGUAUGAAAGAGCAUAUGAAAGAGAGUAUGAAAGCAAUAGAAAGAAUCUAUAGAUGGAGUUCAUCACUUCUUAGCGGAAUAGAGUCAUCCUCGAC